GUAGAAUUUGAAUUUGUAGCCGCCUUACCGGUACACAUUUCCUCGCGUGGAGAAAAUGCCCUUGUUUUUGUCUUACCUCGCCCGGAGCAGAUUCUUUCUGCUCCGGGCUCUAAUCGUGGUACAAAUGAUCACGACCACCAAAAAAGUUUUUGCCGCGAGUCCAGAAAGAUUGACGACUGCCGCCGGAACCAGCAUGUCCGCCAUCUCCGGUGUUCCAUUAGCCGCAUCUCACGAAGACACGAACAACGCUGCGAUAGCAUUAACGAAAUUGGAAACUCAUGCGGCUCCUACUCAGAAGAAAGUGCUGGUCGAACCGAAAAAUCAGGAGCAGGUUGUCACGAUGUCAUAUAACCUGCAAUUCAUGCCAGAUUUCAUGGUUCCGAACAAUCCGCC